AUGGGGGCAGAUGGAAUUAGUUUAAGUACUGCAGAAGCAGAGAAGCUGAGCAACAUAACCAAGCAUUUCAAGAAGUUGAAACACAGGCUGCAUAACCUGAGGCAGUACAAAGGGAACCAGUCCUUGAUGGACAUGGCUUCAUUUUUAGUUCUUAUCAGCAGGGAAAUUGUUCAAGGACUCUGGGGUUUGGUCAGUAAUGCAGGCGUUUUCCAACCACUUGUCUACAUUGAGUGGCAGAAACCUGAGGACCUCAUAAAUAUCCUUCAAAUGAACCUCAUUGGUUUGGUCCAGGUGAUGCUGAGCAUGCUUCCCCUGGUAAGAAGAGCCCAGGGGAGGAUUGUCAAUGUCUCCAGUGUUGUGGGAAGAAUUGCUUUCUUAGGAGGAUUUAGUUGCUCCAAGUAUGGAGUUGAAGCAUUUUCAGAUAUACUAAGGCAUGAGAUUCAAGAUUUUGGAGUGAAAGUCAGCAUAAUUGAGCCUGGCAGUUUCAGAACAGCAAUGACAGAUACGCAGGCAAUUAUGGAGAAAAGCAAGAAACUCUGGGAAGAAACUCCUCCGCAUCUUAAGGAAUCCUACAGACAGCAGUUUUUUGAUGACUCUGUGUGUCACCUUGGAAAAAGGGCUAAGUGCAGUGCAAACCUGAGCCUGGUGACUGACUGCAUGGAACAUGCCCUGACCUCUGUGCAUCCGUGCACCCAAUACCCAGCUGGCUGGGAUGCUCUGCUUUUCUUCAUCCCUCUAUCUUAUUUGCCUACAUCAUUGGUAGACUACAUAGUGACCAAAUCCAGGCUCAAGCCAGCCUAG